AGCUGUGGCUGUGGCGCUGCGGUGCCGCCGGGCCGAGAUACGGCCGCGAUAAAAGCGGCGGUCGGCGGCCGAGAUAACGAGUCGCUAGCGGCGGGCCGCGGCAGCACCGGCACCACGCUAAGGCUACUAGCAUGGCGUCUGCGGCGACGGGGCACCUCUGCGCUGGCCACGCCGAGUCGGCGAACCAGAGCACCACCAGCAGACACCGAGUGAGUUCGCUGCAUGCGGCGGCGCGUCGCGGCGACUGCGAGGCGCUGCGUCACCUGCUGCAGGAGGGCGCCUCGACGCACCAGAGGGACUCGCUGGGCCGGACCGCCCUACACUUCGCUGCGGCUGAGAACCGCGAGCCGGCCUGCGCGCUGCUGCUGGAGUCCGGAGCGGAGCCGGACGCGCGCGACCACCACGGCCGGACUGCGCUGCACGCCGCGGCGCGCCUGGGCCACGAGGGGGUGGCGCGGCUGCUGCUGGCCGCGGGGGCGGACGCCGGCGCCGCCGACGAGCUGGGCGCCUCGCCGCUGCACGCCGCCUCCAGGGAGGGCCGCCGCAGCCUCGCCCGCCUGCUCCUGGAGCGCGGCGCUCCCGUCUCCGCACACGAUACGCUGUGGCAGCCGCUGUCGUGGCAGGCGACGCCGCUGCACCGCGCCGCGGCCGGCGGACACGUGAGCACUGCGGAGGCGCUGCUGGAGGCGGGCGCCGACGCGGGGGCGUCGGACGCGGACGGGUGGACGCCGCUGCACGGCGCCGCCGCCGCCGGCCACUACGAGGUGGUCCGCCUGCUGCUCGACGCCUCCGGGACGGACCCGCGUGACCGCCUGGGGCGCACGCCGCUCUACCUGGCGGCGGAGGCGGGCUACUCCGCGGCAGUGCGCCUGCUGCUGGGGGCGGGCGCCGCCGCCUCCGCCGCCGACUGGCGCUGGGGGCAGACGCCGCUGCACCGCGCCGCCGACAGGGGCUGGGCCGGCGCCGCGCGGGAGCUGCUCUCCGCCAGCGACGCCGCCCCCGACGCCAAGGACGGCCGCUGGGGGCAGACGGCGCUGCACCUCGCCACCGAGGGCGGCCACCAGGCGGCGCUGCGGGCGCUGCUCUCCGCCGGCGCCGACCCCGACGCGGAAGACAGGUUCGGCAUGACGAGCCUUCACCGCGCGGCCGAGUGGGACCAGGCAGAUGUGGCGCGACUGCUGCUGGAGGCCGGCGGGUCCGUGGAUCGCCGGGAGCCGCUCUUCCACAGGACGCCGCUCCACGUGGCGGCCGCAGAGGGACACGUGGCCGUCGCACGCGUGCUCGUCGACGCCGGGGCAGACGUGGAGGCGCGCGACAGCGACGGCCGCACCGCCCUGCAGGUGGCGGCGGCGAGCGGCGGAUCCGGCGUCGUGGCGCUGCUGUCGCCGGCAGCCGCCGGCCUGCCGCACGAGGAACAGGCGGCGCACGGCUGCGGCGACUUGCUGCUCGACGGCCCGGCCAAGGCUGCGCCGCAGCUGCUCGCCUGAUGACGUCACACAGCAGAGCAGCAUCUCGGCGGCAGCGAACUGCCUGCCGCGCGUGAUGUCACCGCGGCCAGGUUUUGCGUCACGAGGGUGCGGCCAGAGGCCACUUGCCCAACAGCUGGCCCCAAUACCAGGACGGUGUUUACUCCAGAACUCGUGCGAGUGUGUUCUUUAGAGCAGGCUGUUCCAGCUCUUCGGCUCCGUUGUGAGCCACGGAGCGCUCCCUGCUCCAGGGAGCCGCGUCGCUCGCUGUGACCAGUCAAGUGGGCCGGCACGCCGGCACGUGGCACGGCUGGCUGAGGCAGGCUGCAAGGCAAGCGUUUUGAUGUGCCAGCUGCGUCUUACAAGAUCGACAACCUCAUACUCUUAGCUAGUGGUGACAUGCUACACCAGGAAAUACGAUGUUCAGGAAAUAAAUAAGAAAGAAACAACUGUUUUACAAGAAAUUGCAUACUAAAUUUAUUGGGCCUCUGUAGCUUGACAUUUUCUUCUCAUUACAAGAUCGGAAAUAUCGGGCGUCAAAGUGUUCGCAGCGUUAAUGCGGAGGAUGGCCUUCGUUGUUACAUCCUGAAGAAACGAUCGUUCCUUACUUUUUACUCUUUUCAUGGCUCAGAAAAGCUGCACACAACAAUACUUAGACCCAAAAAUGCACAUGAGCUGAGCGGCAUUGUUGUGAAGCUUGGGAAACGUUUUUUGCUGUAAUGAACGAUACCAUCGUGACAAAUCCAUCGUGUUGUAGUACCUCUCUUUCAACAAAGUUGAAUUUUGCAAAUCAAUAAUCUCCAAUUGAAGUGACGAUGACAAGUCAUGGGGGAAACUGAAAAAGGAGUGCUGAACACCUUAAGUUCCAUUUCCAAACUAGUGAGGUCUCGGAAUCGUGUUUCAAGCGACGUGAUGAGCUGCUUUAACUUCGCUUGGUAAUCGCCGAAAGUAGUACCUUCAGGUAGUUUUAAAGAAACAAGACGAUUGAAGAACGUUAGAUGUCCAUCACACAUCUGCCUCUCAAAUAAACAACUUUUGCAUGAACGCUUUGAUCUGGUCGUGCAUGUCAACGAUUAGCUGCCCUUUACCCUGAAAUGACAGAUUUAAAUUAUUCAGAUGCAUAGUUAUGUCAGCUAGGAACGCAAGGUCUGAUAUCCAUUUUAUAUCUUUCAGACAACGCAUUUCUUCCCCUUUCAUUUCGAAAAAAGGGAUAUUUCCUCACGAGUGGUUAAGAAAACAUCAAGAACUUUUCCCCCACUCAGCCAACGAACUGUACUGUGGUAAGGUAUAUCCCCAUACUCCGCUUCCAUGUCUUUCAGGAAUCCUUUGAACUGGCGAUGAUUCAUACCGUGACGCCGCACAAAAUUCACACACUUCACGGCAUCUUUCAUUGCGCCACCUGGCUCUACUGUUUCGGCACACAGUGCCUCUUGGUGAAUAAAACAAUGAAGAGUCAAAAUGUCUUCCCCGAAUUCGUCCCUGAGUUUAGUUUUCAAACGUGAAGCAAACCCUUGGUGACGCUUUCUACCUGAUCGUAGUGCGCUGCGUGAAGCUGUAUAAUGUCGUUGUAUAUUGUACCUCUUCGCAGAAUUAAAUACUUUAUGACAUACAAGACACUGCGGACGACCAUUCCUCUCAAUGAAUAGAAAGGUAUCCUCCAAUAGAGGUACAGGGCUCCCGCGGCAAGUCAUAGCUGUCAUUGAACACGGAUUAUUGCGUCAGUUACGGCUGCAUGCGGCCAGGAGGCAGUGAGUUCGCUUUUCCCGUCCACGCGGGCUCCGAGCUGCCGCAGUGAGCGCUCUGGAGCGCUCCGGCUCCCUGGAGCUCGGUUGGAACAGCCUGCUUUAGACGGUCCGUUGAGUAGCAGAAGAUCUGUCCUGUUAUACGCAUCACUUGCAAGACACAAUACGGUAGCUUUUUUUGAGAAUGAUAACCGGUUUCGUUGAAUUAUAGAACAUCCUUGCAUCAUAGAGGCUGCAGAGAAACCAGUCCAUUGAGGGCUAUGUAGAGCAUACCUCAGUCCCUAAGCGCGACGUUAGACUAUAGAGAAAGACAUUUCAACGGUCCAGUGGCCAUAGACCACUUCACGUGACGUUAUGCGAUGUUUUCUAAGCACUGUAAGGACUACGUUUUUGUUGCAUCUUUAACACAAAAACUGAAAACGGAUCUGCAACAAUCUGACUUACAAACAAUCACAGAAUACAGUUUUAAGAAUGCUUUGUAGUCACAUAGAGAUGUUGUGGAUGGUACUACGAAUAUUGAUCAAGCACUUCAAUCGUAUACUAUGCACAAUCAACGCUAGUAUUGCUUCAUGUGAACUGAAUAAUUUGUAUUAGUGGUUAAUGCAAGAAACAUGUAUAUGUGAAUAAAUUUCAUUACCAGUCA